AUGCCCGUGGAUGUGCAAACGUUGGGCGCCGACUGGUUGGUGGCAAGCAGCCACAAGAUGUGCGGCCCCACAGGCAUCGGCUUCUUGUGGGGCAGGGCGGAGCUUCUGCGCGCGUCGCCGCCCUUCCUCGGAGGCGGCGAGAUGAUCGAUCAGGUGAAGCUGGAAGGUAGCACCUUCAGUGACAUCCCUCAUCGCUUCGAGGCGGGGACCCCAGCCUUUGCAGAAGCAGUGGCCUUGGGCCGCGCCUGUGAAUACUUGGAAAAGCUGACCAUGACGGCCAUCACCGAGCGUGAGCACCGUUUGUCGAAGAAGCUUUGGGAUCGCGUGGCUGCUUUGCCCGGAGUGACCAUCUAUGGCCCAUCCCCAGAGGAGGACCCAGAGAGGGCUUCCCUGGUGUGUUUCAACGUGGAAGGUUGCCACGCGAACGACCUGGCUACCAUCGUAGACCAGGACCGGGGCAUUGCCAUGCGCUCGGGCCACCAUUGCACGCAGCCCUUGCACACCGAGCUGGGUAUUGUGGCCAGUGCUCGGUUGUCUGCCUACUUUUACAACACCAAGGAGGAGAUUGACCUAGCAGUUGAUGCGGUGGAGGCAGCGAUCGAGCUGAUCCGAUCCGGAGAAGGUGAAGGGGAGGUGUUGGACCCGGCCAUGGCAGCGCUGCUGGAUGUUUGA